AUGAUGAAGAGCAGGUAUGUAAUGGUCUAUCCGUUGCGAAAGAAGAGCGACGUUGCGAGUGCGUUCAAGCGGUUUUACCAAGAUAUCAAGACAGCAUCUGGAACGAAGAUAAAGGUGUUGCGAAGUGACAACGGCGGCGAAUACCGGAUCGAAACGAUGAACAACUUUUGCAAGGCAAAGUUCAUCAAGCAAGAGUUCACGGUUCCGUACAACCCAGAGCAGAAAGGGAUGGCGGAGCGGAUGAACCGCACGCUGGUGGAGAUGACGCGCUGUAUGCUCAACGAAAGCGGCCUCGACAAGUCGUACUGA